UGCAAGCUUUAACCUCUAAGAUGACAGAGGAGCUGGAAUCACUGCGCAGCUCUAAUCUGGGCUCCAGAACUCUGGACCCCCUUUGGAAAGUCCGGCGCAGCCAGAAGCUUGACAUGUCUGCCCGGCUGGAGCUGCAGUCUGCUCUGGAUGCAGAGAUUCGUGCCAAACAGCUGGUACAGGAAGAGUUGAGAAAUGUCAAAGCUGCCAACAUCUCCUUCGAGAGCAAACUGAAGGAGUCUGAGGCAAGGAGUCGGGAGAUGCAGGAGAAGCUGGAGAUUAUGAAGAAGGAUCUGGAGGAGAGCAGGACAGACAAAGGGUUGAAGCUCCCGGACUUUCAGGACUCCAUCUUCGAAUACUUCAACACUUCUCCUCUUGCUCAUGACUUAACAUUCAGAGAUUCUGUCUCAUCUGCGUCCUCUCUGCAAGCGUUUUGGGAUGAAACCAGCUCCAUUACUGAGCUCGACACAUCACUGCAAAAGCCUGAAGUUUCCCCCACCUUUUGUGUGUCGACAGCACAAAAUGAGCCAGUUAAGCCACCGCAAGCUGCUCCUGCUGCUGCUUCCCCUGUUUACCAGUCGACGUCGUUGAGUUUACCAAAGCCUAAAGCCCAUGAGCUCAGUAUCAAGACGUUCUCCAGUCCCACCCAGUGCACCCACUGCACCUCCCUGAUGGUGGGGUUAAUGCGCCAGGGCUACGCCUGCGAUGUGUGUUCCUUCAUCUGCCACGUGUCCUGUAGAGACAAUGCCCCCCUGGUCUGCCCAAUCCCUCCAGAGCAAGCCAAGAGACCCCUGGGGAUCGAUGUGCAGAGAGGCAUAGGCACAGCUUACAAGGGCUACGUCAGGAUCCCGAAGCCCACAGGAGUGAAGAAAGGCUGGCAGCGUGCUUAUGCCGUGGUGUGUGACUGUAAACUCUUUCUGUACGAUGUGCCCGAAGGGAAGUCGACUCAGCCUGGAGUUGUAGCCAGCCAAGUCCUGGAUCUCAGAGAUGAAGAGUUUUCUGUGAGCGCCGUGCUGGCAUCGGAUGUGAUCCAUGCAACUCGAAAGGAUGUGCCGUGUAUAUUCAGGGUGACGUCGUCUCUCCUGAGCUCGCCCCCCAAGACCUGCUCCCUCCUGGUUCUGGCUGAGAGCGAGGCGGAGAAGAGGAAAUGGGUUGGAAUCCUUGAAGGGCUGCAGAACAUCCUAAACAAGAACCAGCUGAGGAACAGGGUGGUGCAUAUUCCACAAGAAGCCUACGAUAGCACACUGCCUGCUAUCAAAGUGACUUUGUCUGCUGCUAUUGUAGACCGCGAGCGAAUCGCACUUGGCACGGAAGAUGGUCUGUAUGUUGUGGAAGUCACAAGAGAUGUGAUCGUGCGAGCUGCUGACUGCAAGAAGGUCCACCAGAUCGAGCUGAUUCCCAAAGAGAAGAUCAUUGUCCUGGUGUGUGGCCGGAGCCACCAUGUCCACCUGCUCCCCUGGGCCGCCCUGGACGGAGGUGACACGAACUUCGACAUCAAGCUCCCGGACACCAAGGGCUGCCAGGCUCUCAUCACGGGCGCCCUGCGGCCCGGCGGGCCCACCUGUCUGCUGGUGGCAAUGAAGAGGCAGGUGCAGUGCUACGAGAUCAGCAGAACCAAACCCCAUCACAGGAAGCUGUGCGAGGUGCAGGCCCCGGGCAGCGUGCAGUGCAUGACCCUGCUGAGAGGGCGGCUGUGUGUGGGCUACCCCUCGGGAUUCUCCCUGCUCAGUGUCCAGGGGGAGGGUCCCACCACCAGCCUGGUGAACCCCGGCGAUGGCUCGCUGGCCUUCCUGGGACAGCAGCCCCUGGACGCUCUGCUUACCGUGGAGGUCGGGCCGGAGGAGAACCUGCUCUGCUUCAGCCAGCUGGGCGUCUACGUGGACCUGCAGGGGAGGAGGUCGCGCACGCAGGAGCUCAUGUGGCCAGCCACGCCUCUGGCUUGCAGCUCCUCCUCCUCCUACCUGACAGUAUACACUGAGUAUGGGCUGGAUGUCUUCGAUGUGAACAGCAUGGAGUGGAUCCAGACCAUUGCUCUCACCAAGAUCCGCCCGCUGAACGUGCCGGGGACUCUCAACCUGCUCGGUUCGGAGCAGCCCAAGCUCAUAUACUUCAGCAGCAGAUAUUCAGCUGCUGACUUUGCUGUGCCGGAAACCUCUGAUAACAGCAAGAAGCAAAUGGUGCGAACCCGGAGCAAGAGGAGGUUUGUGUUCAAAGUGCCAGAGGAGGAGAGGCUGCAGCAGCGCCGGUGAGAUUAUCAAUCUGAU